CUGGGCCUGCAUUUAUUAUUAAAAAUGGGUCCCUAAAGGAACUUGUAAAGUCCCAGAAUGCAACCUUGAAGAUGAUUUCCUGUCUUCACACCGUGUGACGGUAAAGCGCAUAUUAUAAAGUUUACUAUCUAAUGAAAAAUCACUAAUGCCAAAUAUACUGUACGAAAUUUUCCAUUGAAAUCACAACGAAAGCAUAUAUUCCGCACUUCUGCUGAGCACGAGGUUAAAUUAUUAACACAUGUUACAAAUCUGUAGACAAUAACAAGUAAAUAAAAGUAGAUAAAAACUUUUAUUCUUGUAUUAAUCAAUGAAAACUAAACACACGGAACGAUUAAAGGAAAAGAGGACUAAAUUAAAAUCAGGGAAAAUUAAAAAAAAAUUAAAAAUGGAGCAACAUUCGAUCUCCAAGGAUAAAAAUAAAUUCACUUAUGGAAAUAGUACUAUUAAGUCAGUUGAUAAUAUGGAUAUUGAGGAUGCAGGGAGUAUUCCAAGUGAGUCAUUGUGUUUUCCCAAGGAAAAGCCAGUUACAGGAUCUAAUUCUAAAUGCAAAAAGAAACAGUUAGGCAAUGAGAAAGGUGUUCAUGACUCAUCUGAUCAUCAUCAUAUUACGAAUAAUUCCAUGGAAUGCAAUUCUAAGCAAUGUACAGAUAGAAUCGUAGAUGACGAUUGGAAGUUGAUCAACUCUGAGAAACUCGGAGAAACGGAAAUUGACACAGAUGAUUGGCUUCAGCUGGGCCCAAAGGAAAAGACAAAUGUAGGUGCACCAGUGGUCAUUGAUGUGAUCUCAGACGGUGUCACUUCUCUAAACCUCCCGGAAACGUUUGAACAAACACAAAGCACGAGAUCGAGUAAGAAUACUUUUUAUACUAAUGACACUUUUGCAUUAAAUGCAUUAUCCAAAGAGAGCAGUGCGUGCAUUACUGUUGCCAAGUCGAUAAAACCCAACCAAAGCACUUCGCAAAUCAGACAUCGAAAGCAAGCAUUAUCCGUGUCAGCGAGUACUGCCAAGUCGAUAGAACCUGAACAAAGCAGGCAAAUCAGGCAUCAAAAGCAGCCGUCACAUGUGUCACGGAGUGCUGAAAUGUCACCAAAUAGAUCAGUAAAUCGUAGUCACGUGACAAAACUGCGCAACAGUCCUCAGUGGGAAAACGUUGAUCAGGCCAAUGCACAGCAGCACAUAGCUACUCGCAAACCGCAGGUCUAUUGCAUAAGAAACAUAGUCAUCGUUAUAAUGGAGAGCAAGAGCAGGCUCUGCUUCACCGGCAAGCUAUUGGUGAAGGUAUUAUUCGGCGCUGUGGAGAUUUAUGGGACCAUGCUGGACAGAUCGACGGGCGCGAGAGAAGUGUACUCUCCGAGAGGAUACAGCAAUGUCAGCAUCGAGACCGGCCAGACGUCUGCAGAGGAUAGCAUUGAAGCCGUGUGGGCGGCGCUCGCUCCGAAAGGCAUCACUCGGGAUUCCGAGAGCAAACUGCAGAUGGAUAUCGACAACGUCCAACCAGGCACGGCUGUCCUGGUGCUGCAGAAUUUCGAGAACGGUUUGACGCGCUUCUUGAAUGCGUACGUCCCGAGCUUCCGACUGUUCCCGAACGUAAAUAAUCCUUGCUAUUACUCCUGGAUGGAUCCCAAGCGAGCGGAAAUAGUGUUACAGGCCAACCUGCACCUCGGGCAACAUGACGAUCCUAACUAUAGGAGACUGAUCGCCGAUCCGUGCAUCACUGUGGAUAUUGCGGAGAAAAUGAUAAGUGACUGGCGUGCGAACAAGUGGUCCUGCACGCUGAUCGCCGGCGGCAAGGGCGUCGGCAAGUCGACCAGUGUGCGGUAUUUAGUCAAUAGCCUGUUACGCACAUCCGGGAAGGUAGUGCUGGUAGACGUGGACCCAGGUCAGGCGGAGUGCACGCCGGCAGGCUGCCUCUCGUGCAGCUUGAUCGAGGAGCCGUUGUUGGGACCAAAUUUCACGCACCUGAGGACGCCGGCUUACCAGCUGUUCCUCGACGACGUUAAUGUCGCCCGAUGCGUCACGCGAUACCUGGAGGGCGUGAAGAUGCUGGUUGAGAGGUUGCAGAACUGUCCCAGCCUGUCUUGUUUCCCUGUCGUGGUGAACACGAUGGGCUUCACAGCGAACCUCGGUUGGGACAUCGCAAUGUUCACGAUCAAGCUAAUCAGGCCGACGAUCAUCCUGCAGAUUAUGUCGAGUAGAUCGAAAAAUUAUCAAGACUACCUUAGCGCGGAAGUUGUAAAUAAGCAGAAGUGCACUUGGAUGUGCUGCGACGAGACUUUCAUCGACUGGGACAAGCCAUGCGAGCACGAAUUGUGCAUAUUUAGGUCUCAUGUGAGAUCGCACAAGGACGAAUGGAACAUGGAACCGUAUCAGCAGCGAGAACUCGUCAUGAUCUCGUAUCUCAGCGGCAUAGUAUGCAAUAAUGAUAACGAUGAUUCCCUACAAUACAACGCGCAGCUGCCGUUCAAUAUUAACAAGGCGGUCCCGUACACGGCGCCUUUUUCUUCUCUCUGCAUUAUUCCUCAACGAUUAUUUGGAGUGCCGGCGUCACACGUUCUGAACGUCGUAAACGGCAAUAUUGUCGCGCUGUGCGGUGUAGAUUUAACGGAAGAGUCUUCGCAGGAGUCUGAGAAUACCUGCGGUCUCCGAGUGCUGACGCAGAGAUCGCCCUUGUGUACGUGCUACGGAUUUGGAAUUAUUCGGGGCAUCGAUACAGAACGGCAGGAAGUGUUCAUAAAUACCCCGUUGCCGAUAUCGAUCAUGCAGCAUAUUAACUGCUUAGCGGGCUGCAUUCCCAUCCCUUCAGUCCUGUUACAACUAAACCAAGGUGCGCCUUACGUCGGUGAAAACGCAAGCUUACCAACGAGCCGCGAGGUCCGCAGAGGAGGUUUCCGAAUGAAAUAUCACAGGAAACCGAAUAAUAAUCCCAAUAAAACUACCAUGUAAAUAUACUUUGCAAACUGCGCACUUGUACAUGUCUUAUAAACUUUGUCAACUUUCUCUUACACGGAACGAAAACAUGUAUGAAUAUGUACCAUACUCGCAAAUAUAUUUUGUAUCUGAAUCAUGUGUAAAAUAAAUAAGCCAACAUCGAUGUAUCGAGUAACGGAUUACACCAUUUAAUGUAAAAAUAUACAAGUAUGUUAUUAUGUAUAAUGAGGCAGGAACAUCGAACAGGGAUGUACAUAUAAAGAAUAAAUUUCUUUAAUAGAUAUA